ACUAGGCAAAAUGGCGUCAAAAGAAGAAGUCACGACAUUUCGGCAAUUUAGCUAUUGUUCUUUGUGUAAAAUAAGUCAUAAACUGGGAAAGAAACACAUAUAUUCGAAGCGUCAUCAACUAAUCCUUAAAGCAAUAACUCAAAAAUUUUCAUGCAAGAUACAGCAGAUAAAGAAAGAUUUAUUCAGUCCAAAUGUACAGGAUGCAACGUUUGAGAAUUGUGCCAAAUUUUGGUGUUAUUUCUGUAAGAAAGAGUAUGCAAAACAUGAGAUUGAAGAGAACUGUACUGUAGUUGGAGCAGGACUGUUGGAACACAUUUCUAGUAAAGAUCAUCAGUCUAACAUGGAGCAGUUUUUCUGGGAUAACCUGAUGAAGAAAGAAUUAAAACCACAGUUCCUAUUGUCACUGGAGGAUUUACACAUAUUUAAGAAAGCUGCAAUGCUAGCUGUCAAGAAGAGGCAGAAGUCGGAAGAAUUAGCUAGAACACAGAUUGCUGAGGAAAUAUCACUGCAAGAAAGGAAAAGACUGUCAGAAUCAGCAGUUAGAGCAACCAGUCUAGAAGAUUUGCCAGGAAAUGCACAUUUUGGUACCAGUCUAGGAGGAAGUGGAAAAGUUGUCAUGCUGGAGAAUAGGUACCAGUCUGCAGCAGGAAGGAAGUUGACAUUGUCAGCUAAAGCUGAUGGACUGACAUAUGUUAAACCAGCAACACCAACCAACACAGAGGAAGGCAAUGUUCACUCAGGGGCAGUACCACCAUGGCUUCAGCCUGAUGAGGACAGUAGUGGCACCGGUGUAAUUGGACCCACCAUGCAGGACUUCCAAAAACAUUUGGAAAGAGAAAAGAAAUCUAAGCUUCCAGCAAACAGAGUUGGUGCUAAAUUUGAUCACACAGCAAGCACAUCACAUGACUGGCUACCUUCUUUUGGAAGAGUUUGGAGUAAAGGGAGAAGACUUCAGUCAAAACAACAUUUUGAAAGAGAGCUGAAGAAGGGAAAUGUUUUCGGAAAGACGAAGCAAAAACCAUCUAGUACUGUUUCCAGCUAUUCUCAGAGCACAACUGAUGUUUCUGUGACAAACCAAAAUCAACAAUCUGAUGCUAUGUCAAGCUCGUUUCAUACAUCUAUGAAUGGCACUCAUCAGACAGAUAUUCCACACAGUGUUAAAGAUAUUAAUAAAGUAUUAUUUAGUCCUGUUGUAUGUAAUCCCUAUAAACGGAAACAGGGUGUUUCUGAAGAUACUUUAUCAGCCAAUCAGAAACAGUCUUGCCAAAAGGUAACCAAUCAAUGUGUACCUUACAAACGUCGGAGAGAUCAGAUAAAUCAUCAGUCAGUUGAUCAAAUCAAACUUUUACACACACCUGUAUUAGCUUUAGAUGAAUGGAAAUAAAGGUGUAGUUUAAAUA